AUGGCUGUGCAGCCAGAUGUAGGUCCUCUUAAGGAGAAUUCAUUGCCACCACCCAUUCCUCCUCAAUCAACUUCACUGCCAUCUGUCGCUCCUACUCAACAACAUUCACGACCAUCUGCUAUUACUCAUAUGUCGACAUCAUUACCCCCUAGUUUUCCUCCUCUGUCGACCUCAUUACCAUCUUCAUUUUUUAGUGUACCACCAUGUGGGCCUAUCCAAAAUAACUCCACAGCUUCUCAUGGCAAGAGUACAAGUCUUCCUAAUAAUAUUGUUCCCACACCUCGUAUAAAUUCUUCUUCGAGCUGUCAUAUCAGUCAAAAAGGCAGCUCCUCAUCUCUGCAUCCAUCAUCAACUCAAGCUGUAUCUCCAGCAUCAUCGACACCUAGUAUAUCUAGGUCAAAUAUUGGAGGCCCUGUACCAGCAUCACCAUCUGUGAUCAGUAGUAGUACUACUACACCUGCUUGUGCAAAGACUCAAUAUGCUGGAGAUAUCAGAGAAUAUGAUGCUUUUCAUAGGCUAAUUAUCACCCCCGAUGAGGAUGGGUAA